CAUCUGACAUUCUGCCUGACACAAGUUUCUCCCACCCUCUCGUAGGGCCUGGAGGGGCCUCAGCCCUGGACCAGUGGGGGUGGCCAGCCUCCCGCCACUGCUCAACUCAGCCUGGGUGGGUCCCCCAUCCCACAAGCCUCAGUUCCACUCCUGUCCUAUAGCCAGGGAAGAACCAGAGGGAGCCAAGCCAAGGAUGAUGGAGUCCCCUUCGUCCAGCGCUCUGCAGUGCUUCCUGGCUGAGGCCAGGGCUGACCACCCCCGGGAAAGAGGGAUUCAGGAGCUGAGCCUGGGAGACCAAGAUGCCCCAUCCAACUUCUACCAGGCAUCCAUUCACCAGAGGCUUGGGAUCUCUCCCACCAGACCUGGAAAUAGUGAACGGGGAGAGAGGCCAGCUUCUCCAAAGUCCCUGAACCUCCCUGCCCCAGGAUCACCUUCAAGAGACAGUGGUUCCCCCAUCACCAUGGAAAGUGACAUGGACCUCACAGCCAAUCUGCUGCCCUCUGGUGGGAUGCACUCCCAUCGUCUCACUCUUCGGACCCCGGUUACUGAGAGCACUCUUGGGCCUUACUUGCCCAGUCCCUCACUUCCUGGGAGCCCCACUUCACAGGACCAGGAUAAGGAAGGGGUCAGCUCAUGCACUUUUGGGUCAAAGGCCCUGAGCCUCACCUCUACUUUGCCCUUCAGCCUGGGUACCAGCCGGUCCAUCUUCUUGGAACCCCGGAAGCCAUUGAAGGGAGACCCUGCACCUGAGAAGUCCUGGGGUCAGGCACACCCCUGGGCAGGGGCCCCCAGUCUGAGCCCAAACUCUAGAAUAGGUCCCGUACCUACCACUCUGCCCUGGGUUGGGGAUAAACCCUGGACGUUGCCUACUGACUCCUCUAUGUUCCAGAGGGAGGCACCUGAGGCUCCAAGGGCCUCUCCCUUGCCUGUGGGAGUGAUGAUCAGCAAAGAUGCAACAGGAAUGACCCCUGGGGGGCAGGGAGAGCCCUUGGACAUAGGGGCUGAACUCCAGGGAAGGGAGCAGGAGGAGGUAUCCUCAGAGGGACCUAGAGAGGAAGCAGGAGAGGGUGAGGAUAGAUCAGUGGACCGUAGGGGACACUGCAAGAUGGGCCCUCAGAAGCUAACACUUACUUCGGAGUGUUGGAUCAGCACCCCGAAGCCCUCUGUGGAAGACAGCUAUGGGCGCCAGGUAAGGGAGGCAGGCUGCAUGCUUCUGGAGUGGUUUCGAUGCCUCUUCCUGGACAGUGACAAUCACAGUUUCUCCCUGCUCGACUCUGGCCUGGCCUUGACCACUGGUGGCCUUACCCUGAAUGCUGGCAGCCAGGAACACCCGGCUCUGCGUGUGGCCUUCCUUACUAUGAGGAAUGGCAGGAAGCUAGGCAUGGCAUUCCCUGGUUCCAACCUCUUCUACUACUACUCCCUGGGCCGUCACUUCUUUGUCACUGCUCGGCUCAGCAACCAUUGGUUCCGGGUUCGAGACCGUGUUACUGGUGAGCAGAUGCUGAUGAAGAAGGUGCCUGUGGUCUCCGACUGGCAGAAGAUGCUUCAUCACUUCCUAUUCCUUCCCCCAGGGCCAGGGCUGCUGGUGCCCUAUGCAGUCCUCUAUGACCGCCAGGGCUCCCUGCUCUACCUGAUGGAGGACCCUGGAGUUCUAACUGUGGGGUGGCCACCAGCAGGUCAGCAGCUGGACAGACUGAAAUGCCUCCUGGAGAUUCUCAGGUUCCUGCAGUUCUGUCAACACCACAGCCUACAGCUUGAGGAAGUGGACUCAGGCCUGCUUUAUACCCACCAGGGAAUCCGUUUUGACCCCAGUGGACUCAGCAGCAAUGAAGGACCUUAUGUCUUUAGAAAGACUUUGAGAAAUGCCCUCCGGCUGGUGUGGAACACCCCACAGGAGGACAGCCCUGCAGCAGAGGCCCUGUUGGAACAGAUGUGGAGAUGGCUGGAGGAGGACAUCAGGGGCCAUGAGGAGGAUCUGGAUGAGGCCAGGGCUUCUUCUCUUGACCUUGGUACCCCAUGAACUAAAGCCCCUGCCAGACCUCAGGCAACAGCGGAACACAGCACUUUAUAUAGCAGCAAAGCACUCUGACCUUCUAAAGUCGAGUUACGUCCCCAUAUUGUUCUGCACUGCCCAUUUCACAGAUGGGAGACGCUGAGGUGGGUAGAGGGAGAACAGCUUAUUCUCAGGUCACCCCAGCUGGCCUGGGGCUACCUCCACCAUGGAACUUAAGCAUCCUGAUUCCAGGCAUACCCAGGGACCAGCUCCUGUUUUCUUCCUGAUCUGCCUUAUUUGGGGGAGAACUCUGGGUCACUCUCAGGGCUUUGCCCAGGGAUCUGCUGGCCACAUCUUUACUCUCAAGGAACCCCAGUGCUCAGGUGCUGAGCCCCCCAGCCCAGGCUUCCCCACUUCAGAGUUAAGGCCCUGGGCUCUCCACCCCAGUGGCUCCCUGCUCCAAGAACAUGGGGCUACUUACCCCACCCCAAGGUACACAGCUGGGCUGGGGUCUCUCCAACUCCUCACAGAAGUGCCCAGGGAAGGCAGGGCACCAGGGUUUUCCUGAAGAGAAGGGAACAUCCCUGGAGGCCACCAUGGUGCUGUUUUUAUUUGGAAAAUAAAUCCCCAUGGAAAACACUGCC